ACCCUAGUUAACAUGCUCCCCUCCCUCCUCCAUGCUGGCCACCACUCACUGCAUUUAGCAAAGCAAGAAGUUGCGGCAUAUCCAUCAGAUUUUCCUACGGCGAUCAUAGCCUCAAAGUGGCUGUUCGAUUGUAGCGGACGCUGCCGGAACCUACUGCAAAGUAUCACAAGCUUUGCGCCACUGGAGCUGACAUCGACGUCGACGUCAAUAACACUCUCACCGUGUACUCUUGCACCGAAGUCCAAGACAAGUAGACAUACGCGAGAGGGGUUGAGAACGCGUCAAUUUGUGCCGACGCGCGUGAUCACCUGAGCUCAAACUGGAACCUUCUGUACGCCGGUGACUGUUGUCGACCUCGCCCCACCACAUAGCACACACUGAAAGCACUCUGCAUCUUCAGUAACCAGCUCCCUGUUCGUUUCAAUCAUGACGACAGCUCCUGCCGUUUUUGGGGACUUAGCAGUACAUCUACAGGCUGUUGAGCGUGAUCCAGCAACCCAGCUCGACACAGAGCUACUCGAGCAGUGUGAACUGUUCACAAGCACACCUGAGUACCGCAGCCAGAUAUGGAAAUCAACGCAACCGCUGUUCCUUCAGAUUGCAGCCUUGUUGCCACAGCUUCAGCAAGACCCGUCGCCUCUUGUCCACUUCAUUGUCAAGCUGGCAUCACCCUACCGCUUCGAAGAUAUCAAAGAUGUGGAUUUUGAGAUCGCACUGGACCUACAAGCGACGCCAUUCCAUGGCCUUAUUUUGUCCUUACUGGAAAAGGCGGCCGUGAGUAGUGUUGAUACGCAGGCGCUUGCAAAUCGACCCGCUGUUGUUGCUUCUAUUGUUCGGUUGUGGCUUUGCACACAGGAUACAGGUGUCGCCACUCAAGCUGAGAACUUACUCGUGUCACUACUGGAAGCCUCUGAGAACGAACCGCUUUCGAUCAGUGGCGAAGACACCGGACACAGUCAUGGCACAGGGCCAAUGUGGCGGCGAUUAUUCAACGACCAAGACAUUCGCUCCCUAUACUACUAUCAUACAUCCCUGAAGAAUCUUUCUUCUCCACCUCUACCUUCAUUGCAUAAGCGCGAUAAGACAAUAGCACAAGCACGAUUACUGUCGUGGCUACCGCGAGUCGGCACGUUGCAUUGGGACGCACUCAUCACUCCACAUACCAUGGAUGUGGAGCGUGAGGUUGGCUUGAGUGACAAUCAGGGUCUCCUACACUAUGCCGCAAUGAAGAUGGUUGAUACUGAAGAUGACAUGCUCAUGUACAUGACACUCAUCAACUUCUUCAGUGAAUUAAUCACCACAGUCAGAACAACCCCACAUCUUACACACUACGAUUCCAGUUUCUCGCUAGACUUUCUUCGAGAGCAAGGCAUCCAUAAGCAACUCAUCGAAUUUCAUACUGCAGACAAUCCCGGAUUGGAGCACGCGUUCUUGAGCAACCGAACAGCAAAGUACAUCAGCGACUACGCAUCUAACUAUCCCGAGAACUUUGAGAAGAGCCCGGAGAUGCCAACAAUACGAGAUUAUGUUCACCGCAACAUCCGGAAGUGUGAGGCAAGCGACCUCAACAUCAUUGCUUCAAUGCCACGAUCAACCCUUGUACCGCGUCGAGGCUCAAGCUUCGCAUGGAGCGACUGUGUGAUUCUCGACAUGCCAAUCACGCGGACCAACCAGGACGCGCUGAAGACAUUAGCGACCAUCUUCCAUGGACCGCUGAAGGACGAGAUUACAUUUCCCCAAGUUGAGACGAUAGGUUCAGACGUGAAGCGCAAGCAAAAUGAAUCUGCAUUCGCUCGCCUUCUUACGGCGCUGUUCAUCAGCAAGAAGUCGAACGCAUUUUCCGAUUUGAUCAGUCACUCCGAGACUGUUGCAAUGAAAGAAAACGCUCUCGCAGCUCUUGCUCUCCUACGCGCUCUUGUCACCGCAUCCUGGUCUUCUGAACCGAUUCAGGAUGUUGCUGCGAGCGACCCCGUGUACGCUCAGCUCAGUAACUUCCCCAAGACUGGUCUUGACCUCAUUCUUGACCCCAGCAUCAGUGGAGGUGUGCUUCCUGCGCUGCUGAAGCCGGCUACUUCGUACUCGAAUCUAGUCGGCGGUAGAGGGGAUGCCGAAGAUGCAGCUUACCAGGUUGCAAUGGCAAAGUUUGAUGUGUUGAAGGCGCUAGGACGAAAACUUGAAGAGAACGGCGGACGUGAGGAUGUGCUGUCUAUGGUGAAGAGAAGGGUCAAUGAAGGGCCUUGGGGCGUUUCGGGAACUGUAGGAAGUAGAAUCGGGACGCUGGAGCUCUAGAUAUGGUUACGACAUAGAGCUAUCGCAAUGAUAUUUACAAAGUAGUUUGGAGCGGGACAUUCGGGCACCAUCUUCAGGCUGAAGAUCACUCGACCAUUCCAAA